UUCGGUUUCAUGCACCCCAGAACGUUCCUAACAUCAUCAGUAUAAUCCUUCGAACAUCAGACUCUCCUAUCAACAUCCGCUGAGCCACUAAGUUUUGUCUUUCAGACGAGCUAUAUAUUAUGCUACAGUUGGCACUUGCAUCGAGUCUAUUAUGAAAGGCUUCGUUAUUUCCGUAGGUCUUCUGUUGCUCGGCACGACCGUUGUAACCCAGGCCAUCCGUUGUGCCGAUCCUACACGUUUCAAGGGCAGGUGGGUGAUCGGCGUCGACCGCAAGGAGUGCGUCGCACUGGUCAAAGAGAAAUGCAAGGGCCUCCGCCAGUACACCACCCACAGGUGGCGCCGAGGCAUACGCGUGCGUGGUAACUGCCGCAAGGUGCCGCGCUGGUCGGCUAUUGCCACUUUUCUGGACGGCAAAAGUUACAGGGGACAUGCCGCUAUCUUUGAAUCAUGUGCAAAGGACGGCAUUUGGGUUUACGACCAAUGGAACACUGCUCCCGUCGACCGCCGUAAGAUCCGCUACGGAAACUCGAAACCAAACUACAACGGAGACAACUUCUACAUGAUCGAGCUGUGAUUGCACUUCCAUGAGAUCUCUUGCAAGACAGCCGCUUGACAAACCCAGAUCUGUCGGCAAUCAGUCUAAAUAAAAAAGAAGCCGAACAAUAUGUAGCAUACGCAACAAUAUGGCGAGACAAGCUGCCCGUGUGCGUGCCUCGUUUAUCGUUUGUCCGU